AUGGAUGGGCCGGAGGUAUUCAGUGUUGCUGGCCUCAAGAGAGGAUCUGAUUACGACGGUGACAGAAGCUUGAACUCCCAGGCCAUCAACUUCUUAAAUUCUCAGCACCAACAGUCAUACCAGCAGGUGGUUGACUUCGAUCUUCACGCAGUCUUCUUAAUGCAAGAAUUUCGAGCAGAAGAUACCAUUCAACAAAUCAUUACUAUGAUCAGCACCACUUUCACCGAAGAAUACCCACCAAAAAACACCCUCCAACAGCAGUUGGUCAAUGCAGCCAAAUUAGUCAACCAAAGGAUCCAAAACUACGAACAGCAACCUCACAUGCCGAAGCCAUUUUGCCUCAGGUUCCCAACUUACAGUGAUGUUCUUAAGCAUUGUAUGGAGUUGCAGGAUAAAUGUGAGGUAUUACCAAACCAUAAAAUGGUUAUUCUGAUUGAUGAGGGAGGUCGCCGGGCAACAGAUAGACUAGAUCAAUUUGUUAAUGAUAAUGUUCUUCAAAGCGUGGAGGCUCCAAUGAUCCAAUCUGGCGAAAUGUCUAAUCAGUUUCCGACUUCCCAGUUCCCACUUUCCACCAAGAACAAAGGGGAGAUAAGAGCCAGGCCGGAAGCCAAGAAAUCAACUUGCUCUUUCCAAGCAUAUGGAUUUGGGUUGGGCAGUCCGCUUUCGGCUGGAGCUGCAGACAAAACAAUCAAGUUUGCCACCUAUAGCAUCAAGAAAAUCGACCUACAAGGCCACGGGGACCAUUGGAAAUCUGAUCCUAAGCCCAAUCUUCCAGAACCACUCAGAUCCGACCCUGGUCCUACAAUGCGAGGCCUGGUGGAACUUCGACAUGACAUGGUCUUCUACCAUAGGAUAUCUUACUGGAUAAAUAAAGUAUUUUUACCAGAUGCAUCUUCCAUUGCAGAAAGUGCAGUGAAGUACUUGGAAAAGAAGGCAUCAACCACGGUGAAAGAGUCUAUUCAGGUAGAAAAAAAUAUAAUCAUUGCAGGCUUGCACGGCUAUUCCUUUCACGGUCCAUUUCGCAUUCUCUUCCAUGGUGUUUCCCAGUUCCACUUCACAGAAGACAUUACAGACCCAAGACGAUAUUCAGUUGCCAUGUGGAGUAAAGAUGGACAUCGGUACCCGUUUGGAGGUACCCGGCACCUGUUUGCCUGGUACCGCCCGUACCCUCCUGGCACCUGCGAGGGGGUGCCAGGUGAGGUACCUGGUGUCCAUUUCUGA